AUGGGCCUACACACUGAACCGUUAGAACAAGAAGACCAGGACACCAUAAUACUCGAUGCCAGAGCUGGUGACUUGGAUUCUCUCAAAGAUAUAUUUAGCAGCUUAAUCAGCCCCAAGUUACUUUCUACUUGCAGGGAAAGCGAGUCUGAUUCCACGGCUUUACAUAUGGCUGCUGCUAAUGGCCAUAUAGAGACCGUUCGGUAUAUACUAGAGACGGUAUCUAGCGCAAAUAGUGCCGAAGAUUUGCAAGCUUUCAUCAAUGAGGUAAACAAAACUGGUAACACGGCAUUACAUUGGGCGUCAUUGAACGGCAAAUUGGACGUAGUCAAGUUACUAUGUGACGAAUAUGAGGCAGACCCCUUUAUUAGAAACAAGUUUGGCCACGAUGCCAUCUUCGAGGCCGAGAACAGCGGGAAGGAAGAGGUGGAAACGUACUUUUUGAAGAAAUAUAAUGUGGAACCUGAGGAUGAUGAAGAUGCGCAGACGGAGGGCAAGGAUGCCGUCCAAAUCACAAAGGGUACAGAGAUUGAACAAGUUACUAAGGAGGCCACCGAAGCUUUAAGAGAAGAAACCGAGAAGCUGAACAUAAAUAAACAUUAA